ACCAGCGGUUUCGGCGUCGGGAUGGCGGCGGCCGGCUUGUGUGGUCGGAGUCGGCCGGUCAGGCGGACGAGAUUGUUUCUGAGGAAAUUAUGGUCAUCCCAAGCCGUCUCACGUACUGGAUUGCACUGAAGGAAUAUGUCGAGCUACAACCAUGGGUUGGCCUUUAGUGGUCAAAGACGCCAAUCUUUAGCAACCCUUGCCGCCAGCAGUUGUACAACCUCUUUUCCAUCAGGUCUGUCAUCCCAAACUAUCUCGCUUGUUGGAUGGCGUUAAAGGAAUAUGCCGAGCUGCAACGACAAGUGGAGUUGAUAGCAAACGGCCAAGUCUGGCCAAGUGCACGUCCAUGUACAUUACCUGUGCUCCUUGUACCAAAGAAAAAUGGGUUUUGGCGGAUGUGUAUAGGCAGUAGCACUGUAAACAAGGUGAUUGAUGCUUAUGCUUUGGUUGGAGAUAUUACUGGUUUUGCUGAGAAAAUACAGAGUUUUUUUAUGCAAGAGCUUCUUUCCGAAACUUACACUCUUUUGAAGGAUAUCGUAAUUGAGGAGCACCGUCUCAAUGUACCGAAGUAUUGGAGCUCCCCAUGA